GUGUCUGAGAAGCAACAAGAAACAAAGAUGGCGGCGCGCAGGCAGCACACGAGGGAUGAAGAGGAGCCGGCACAACCACUAGUAAAGCGGAAGAGGGAGAAGAGGCUGAUCGUGCUGCUGGAGGGGGCCAGCCUGGAGACGGUCAGGGCGGGAAAAACAUAUGAACUUCUAAAUUGUGAUCAGCACAAGUCCACGUUGGUGAAAAAUGGGAGAGACCCAGGAGAGGCCCGGCCAGAUAUCACGCAUCAGUGUUUGUUGAUGCUCCUAGACAGCCCCCUUAACCGGGCAGGAUUGUUACAAGUGUAUAUCCACACCCAGCGCAACGUGUUGAUCGAGGUGAACCCGCAGACACGCAUUCCACGAACCUUCCCCCGAUUCUGUGGACUAAUGGGUAAGAAGCAUUUUGGAAUUAAAGUUAUUAAGAAUCCGAUUACGGAUCACCUUCCAGUAGGCUGUGUGAAAGUGACCACCUCCUUUCAGGGAGAGCGUGUUUCCUGUGUGCGAGACCUCGUACCCUCAGAGGAGCCAAUGAUGAUCGUGGUGGGAGCGUUCGCCCACGGAUCGGUUAACGUAGAUUUUGGAGAACGCACGGUGUCAAUCAGCGAGUACCCUCUAUCAGCCGCCCUCACCUGCGCCAAGAUCUGCUCGGCGUUUGAGGAGGUGUGGGCAGUUAUGUGAAGAUCUCCUACAAUUCCUCAGUUAUUUUUUUUACUUCUUCAGAGUCCUAUUGUCCAUAGAAGCUUGUUAUUCUUAUUUGUAAUUAAUGU